CUGCCUCGAGAACAUCAAUCGCUGGCAUAUAUUGGGCUCAACACGGUAAAUUACCUGUAAGGUAAGGCACGCUCACUCUGCAAGUAAGCAGUUGCAACUGCUCCCGCUCGAGCUUACCUCCGUGCUUGCCAUGUCAGGUACAGAAGUAAGGGAGGGCACCUGGCACUUGCUCGCAGACACUGUUUAUCGACUACGUCGUGACCGGGACCAUCUUUACGUGCACAAGGGCCACUUGUCUACUAGGACUACUAGUACUUCUCCAGCAGCGAAUGAGGUUCUGAACAUCACCAGCACCGGGCACAAUCAUUCCUACCUAUGUCAACAGUCGUAUCAUGUCCCCAAGGCCUCACGGACAGUCUCCCCCUGGGGAGUCCCCUCACCCUAUGGCUCAACGAGAACAUCCCUACAUGUAUUCACCAUGCAGCCCGACAACUCGGAACAUCGCCACACAAGCGGCACUUAGCCCGUCGUCUCGCGCCUCUUCUGCUCGAUAUUCCGAUGCUAGGACACAAACGAGAAGACUACCUCUCGAGUUCGACGCGUCUAAGGCGCACAUACAGUUAGCCAAUUUCUGGACCGAUCCAAACGACUUUCCCAUCCACCUGCAACCAAUUGUUCGACGAGAAGUGCUCACUCGCGAGGAUGCCAACGCACGAUGGGAGUAUGCGCUCAAGCACAUGGGCACGCAUCAUCAUCCUGAUGCGAUCUUCCACCCUCCAACAGUUUUCCUCACGUUACGUGCGCCCAUCAUGGCACUUCUACCGUCUGCCCGGAAGCACAUUAUUCUCAAUUGGGCCAAGCAUCAUGAUGAAGAGUCCCUAUAUGGCCAAGCAAAGUUGUACUUGAAUACAGAUACAACGGUACUCAAGCCUCCACCAGAAUGGGUGGUGUUCCCUCCACUCCACGACUGGAAGGAUCCGAUCCGGACGUGUAUGGGCAUACUGUACGAUAUGAUGCGUCUGUAGGACAGAGGUGCGGACGACGGCGAGGGAGGUCAAAGAAUCGUCGAGGUCAACUCGGAUGAAAUAGACACCAUAGCCCACAAGCUUGAGGCUAUCCUGGAGUUUCUCUCCGACCACACAGAAUUGGUCAUAAAGCCGACCUACAGGCCGGAGAACCUGGAAACUCCCCUACGCGGGUCUCGAAGCCGACCUUGCGUACCAAACGCACCUCCGUCAAAAGUUUCCGGCCCAUCCUCUCGCAUUCAUCUUCCCACUGGCUCG